AUGAAAACAAUGAAUGCUGCAGGCGCUUUUAAAAUAUUAGAGAUAUUACAAAAUGCAUUCAGAAUAUUGGCAUUUUUGAACCUCACUGAGUACUUAUGGCCACAUCAAGCUAAUGUUCGUGAUAAAGCUAGUUUCGACUUCAUAGUUGUCGGCGGUGGUACUGCAGGAAGCGUCAUUGCCAACAGACUCUCAGAAAUCGAGCACAUCAAUGUUCUGCUCAUUGAAGCUGGUGGCGAUCCACCUUUUGAAUCAGAUCUGCCUGGCCUUCCACUUCUAAUUAAACGAUCUCGCUACGACUGGAACUAUACAGCAGAGUUGGAUGAACUGGAAGAUUCUUGUCAUCUUAACCCACAGUACGAAAUUACACAGGGCAAAAUGCUUGGUGGAAGUGGCUCGCUGAAUUACAUGGUUUAUCAUAGAGGACAACCUAGUGACUACGACUCUUGGGCCGAAGUCACCAAAGAUGACUCCUGGAAAUGGAAGAACGUUCUACCUUAUUUCAUGAAAUCAAUCAAGACUAACGAUCCACAAAUUCUUCAGUCAGCUGACAAAAAAUAUUAUGGCACUGAUGGAUUAUUAGAGAUAUCCAGAGAUCAUCGCGAACGAAUAAAUAACUUUUUAGAUGCUUUCCGAGAACUUGGAAAUGACAUAAACCUCGACUUUAAUGAAAACCAUCCUCUAGGAUUUGCUGCGCAAACUUUCACAUUGGCUGGUAGAUCUCGCCAGAGUACAGCUUAUGCAUUUAUAUCUUCGGCCAAAAAUCGGCGCAACCUUCAUGUGUUGAAAAAUACAUUGGUAACUAAAAUCUUGUUUGACAAAAACAAAAAAGCUAUCGGUGUAGAAGUUCUUACUGGAGAUCGUAAAACGAUGACGCUGAAAGCUAAAAAAGAAGUUAUUGUAUCCGCUGGAGUAUUCAAUACACCUAAACUGUUAAUGUUGUCUGGUGUUGGACCAGAAGAACAUUUGAAAUGCAAAAACAUUCAUGUGGUUUCAAAUUUACCUGUAGGAGAAAAUCUACAGGAUCAUGUUGGUAUUAUUAUGGUUCAAAAUAUGGAUACAUUGACGGAACCAUUACCACAACCCAGUCCUUACGAACUGCCAGGAUUCUCAUUCACUGGUUUUGUUACGUUAAAUCAAUCUUCUAAUAUUCCUGAUUACCAAAUGACUGCGUAUGUAGCUGGACCAGAGGCUGUUAUAUAUUAUUGUACAUUUGGGUUUCGAUUUAGCGAUGACGUUUGUAAUAACAUCUAUGUAUCAAACAGACUUCAGUCGUUUACUGAAAUAGUCAACCUCAAUCCAAAGUCUCGAGGUAAAGUCCUCUUGAAAAGUGCUAAUCCUGAAGACCCUCCUAUUAUUAAGUAUGGAUUCUAUUCAAACAAAGACGACGUUGAAAGUCUCAUUGACCACAUUUUAGACUUUAUGCGCGUAAUGGAAACGACGUAUUAUACCAAAGUCGAUGCAGUGAUGGCAGAUGCAGCUCCUCACUGUAAUACGUAUGGGCAAGAUACUAGAGAAUUCUGGCGUUGUUAUAUUAUGUGUAUGUCAACUGGAAUUAGUCAUCUAACUAGUACAUGCCCCAUGGGCACUGUUGUUGAUAGUAGAUUAAGAGUUCAUGGUGUAAAAGGUCUGCGUAUAGCUGAUGCUAGUGUGAUGCCAACAAUAACGAGAGGAAAUCCAAUGGCUGCAGUUAUAAUGAUUGGCGAAAAAGUAUCCGAUUUGAUAAAACAGGACCAUAAAUUGAUUUAG